CUUGUCUGCACCAUUGUGUUCGAAAAUUUAAGUAUUUAAAUUUAAUUGGGAGUUCCUAUAUGGAUUAAUUCGAAACACCGAAUUUAAAAAUUCGUUAAAUUGUUAAGUGAAUAGCACAUGAUAUAAUUAGUGCAUCAUCUUUCGUUUAUUAAAUUAGUACUUCAAUGAAAACCGGUAGACGUGUAUGACAAUGGCGGCUGAUAGAGAAGCGUGUCGAGUUUAUUAUAACGGAGAUCGAUUGAGUAUUGGUUCAGAGGAUAGUUUAAACCAUUCAAACAUAGAAGGAGAUUUUAAUAAGGAGAACGAAGAGUCAAUUCAGAAAUGGGGAUUUAGGUUGAAAGAUUUGUAUCGUCUCGCCUUAAGAUUUUAUAAAGAGAAAGAAGGGAAAGCUGUUCAUCUAUCAUAUGAAGACAAAUUAAAACUUGUAGCCUACAUAUGUCAAGUAAGCCAUGGCAAGUUCAACCCAGACACUCUGCCCCCUUUAGGAGUUCUGGAUGUGAUUGGGCGAGACAGGCGUCUGGCAUGGCAGGCGUUGGGUGGCGCAAAUCAGUAUGAAGCAAUGGCAGGCUUUGUCGAGUUGCUCGACAAGCUGUGUCCAAUGUUCAGACAUUUUGUGGAGGCACACAAGUGGGAUGUGGAGGAACGUAAAAGAGUUGCUCGUGAGGAAGAAGCAGCUCGCCAAGAAGAGGCAGCACGACUGAGGCUGGAAGAGGAGGAGCGCCAGCGUGAGGAGGAGGACCGUGCCAAGCAGGAGGCUCAGAGGAGACAGAUUCAGGAGGCUUUGAAUCAACAGACCUACCACCAGUUCAAGUUGUAUGCAGAGCAUCAGUACCCAGGCAACCCUGAGCAGCAAGGAGUAUUGAUCCGGCAACUACAGGAACAGCAUUACCAUCAGUAUAUGCAGCAGUUGUACCAACAGCAGUGUUGCAAACAAAAGCUGCAACAAUUUUCGACUGUUGAGGGCCCAAUGGAUGAAACAGCCCAUCUGCUGAGUAAUGGAGGGGUAGAUGCUCUGGAGAGAGAUAUGGAGAGUGAGGAAGAUGGCACACAAGGUGAAUUCCCCACAAUUUCUGCAGCUUCCAUGUGGACUCGCAAGGAUAUUAAGGAGUUCAAGGAUUCUGUCCGGGAAGAGGGUGGAGAUGCCGUCAUCAAAGUGGGACAUGGCGAGACGGUCACGGUUCGAGUACCAACACAUGAGGAUGGCACGUGUCUGUUCUGGGAAUUUGCCACUGACAGCUAUGAUAUUGGUUUUGGAGUGUACUUUGAAUGGACCACGUCUGCAAGUAGCCAAGUGUCGGUACACAUCUCAGAGAGCGAGGAUGAAGAUGACGACGACGAUGAUGACGAUGACGACGAUGGAGAGGAUUUAGAGGGAGGCAGUGGGCUGGCAGGCACAAAGGCAACAGACCUGAGCAACCGUCCUCCGCUGUCAGUCAUUGUGCCAGUGUACCGACGAGAUUGCCAGGAGGAAGUAUAUGCAGGGAGUCAUGUGUAUCCAGGACAAGGUGUGUACCUCCUCAAGUUUGACAACUCGUACUCUUUGUGGCGUUCCAAGACAUUGUACUAUCGAGUCUACUACACACGUUGAACAGAUUCUGCAGUAUUUAUUUCAGUCAAGGUGAGCCACAAGCUGAUGGUGCAGUGCUGGUGAGGCCAGAGUCUUUGCCCUUGCCAUUUAUUAGUUGGCAAGUUAUGUGGUCUCAUCUUUCUACAUGUAAUAGGUGUACAUUUGUAAUAACACUGUGUUGUACAUACUAGUAAGUGUAAGGCUAUCUAUGUAAAUUAAAAUUAUCAAUAAAACCUUUAUCAAUGAA